UGUUCUGACUUAAUCUUCCUUGUCCAAUUUAUCGGUUUCCUCGUUGCCUCAUGCCUUGGUACCCAGACAAGGGUGGUUUUGUUGUUUUCCCAAUGUCUGACAGGGCCUUGAAGAAAUCCCUAACGCCUCUGGACUUUACUACGUAAUUGAAUUCGAUUUCAAACGAAUCCCCCGAGUUGUUGACUUUCGAAGGGAUUUUAGACGGACAGACGCCGGCUUGUUUUCAACCUGGAAAGGUCUUAGCUGCAAAGGUAAAAACGAAUCGAAUGCUUCUACAGUUCUUCAAAAUAUUGAUAUUCAUCUGAUCAUAAGGAGUCAACAAAUAAAUUACAAAUCGACGCAACAUGAAAAUAUUAGCAAGUCCUACGCCGUAAUUUCACCAAUUUAGACAAAAAACGUCUGAAUAACUUUCAUCUGUCCGUUCUUUCAAAUAAACCUCGACGCAUCGAAAUGUUCUACGCGUUCUCCAUGUCUUCGGAGGCGAAGGGUAUCUUCCGCCAGUACAUGGCCAGUACUGCAGCCACAAUUGCUGUGAUUAUGACUGGGAACGCCAUGGGCUGGCCUUCGCCGACGAUGCACUUGCUUCUCGGUCCGGAUUCUCCAGUGCCCAUGGACACCGGGGGUACUUCCUGGAUGGUCUCGCUCAUGUACUUCGGGAAUCUUUUCAGCCCGAUCCCCUGCGGCUACAUAAUGGAAUGGAUCGGAAGGAAAAAGACCCUCCUUUUUCUCAACGUGUUACCCAUCACGUCGUGGCUCUUCAUCCUGUUCACUCGUACGCCUUACUAUCUUUACUUGGCGAGGUUUCUGGCAGGGCUCUGGCUCGGCAUUGUCUACACCGUCGUGCCUAUUUAUCUGGGCGAGAUCGCAGAACCGAAGGUCAGGGGAUCUCUCAGCACUUUCUUCGCCAUAAUGACCUACUUGGGCGUGCUUUUCGAGUACGCCGUCGGUCCGUACGUGUCUUACAACGUCCUCGCGAUCGUAUCAGGAUCUUUCGGAGUCUUAUUCUAUUUGACUUUCACGUGGAUGCCCGAGUCGCCUUACUUUCUGUUGAAGGUCAAAAAGAGGGACGAAGCUAGAAAAUCUUUGUAUUGGCUAAGAGGCGAUCCGGCGAACGUCGACGAGGAACUUUGCCGUAUCCAAAACGCCGUCGAACAGCAAAUGUGCACCAAAGGCACGAUAAAAGACCUGUUCGCCACAAGAGGAAACCGAAAGGCCGUCAUCAUCGUCGGAGUACUUUCCAUCCUCCAGAGAUGUUCUGGAAUAGGCGCGAUGAUAGCUUACACUUCGGUCACCCUGCCCAAAGACGCCCUCGGACCCAUCGGGCAAAACGAAUGCGUUAUAAUACUCGGGGUAGUCUGGGUCGUGUCCACAUUUAUAUCUUCGCUCAUCGUGGACAAAGUGGGCCGUAAAUCCCUGUUGAUAAUAUCUUCCAUCGGCUGCGGUUUGGCGACUUUCCUCGUCGGACUUUGGUUCUUCUUGUCCGACAACACCGAUGUCGAUUUGACUCCAAUCAACUGGGCGCCUUUCGCUUGCUUCAUGAUGCACGGCUUUUUCUACUCGAUAGGCCUGAACCCUAUCGUGACGACGAUCAAGGGCGAGGUCUUUUCGGCAAACAUAAAAGGUGUGGCAUCAGCUCUCACUACGCUUAUGUUGGCUCUAUCUUCGUUUUUCCUGAACAAAUCUUACCAAAUGUUCGCCGACAGCGUUGGCAUGUACAUGAAUUACUGGCUGUACUUACUCGGCUGCUUAAUCGCUAUUGUUUUUACAAUGACCUAUGUUAUAGAAACAAAGGGUAAAACCCUACAAGAGAUUCAAGACAAGUUGAACGGCGUGGACAAUGAUAACGCCAUAAACAAAUCGUGAUCAAUAUUAAAUUUUAAUGUAUAUCCUUUACGCUUACAAUAUUUUAUACUUUUAAAAAAUGUUAUAAAUGGUUUAAAACUUUAUAAAGCUGUUAGAUUUUAUCACUUUAAAUGCACAUCGUAGAAUUGCUGGAAACUGUGUUAAUGCCUGCAUUGGUUUUGGCUGUUACCAUUUUCCCCAAGACAAAGCCAACGAAAACAGGCGGACCAUGAUGAUCGGAGACGAUUCAUUUACUGUGGCAAAACUUCACAAGUUUAAAGAUUGAACUGCUGUCAGGCACCAGUCAUCAUGGAUAUGGACGAGAAAUGUUACGAAGACGCUUAAAAUUAAGUCAGAGCAAAAUUCUAAUUUGUAUCGAGGAAAUAAUGUAAACCUCAUGCCAAAUGAAUAUUUUCAUAAGCAUUAGUUUAAUGUCAAUUUGGAUUAAUGGAAUAAUCUCAAAUUUCAACCCAUCUUCCAUAGUUUUAAUAUAUAGGAAAUAUUUUUGAUGUCAAAAAUACAUUGAAAAGCUCUAAAUUUUUUCUAUCACAACCUUUAUUUUAUUGAAUAUUAUAGUUUGAUUUAUUUUUUAAAUUAGGAACGUGUAAAAAAAUUGUAUUUAAAUGUUAAUGUUAAUGUCGAACAUGUCUUGGAGUCAUUGUCAUCCAUAAUUGCACAAUACCUCUACUCAGCAAUUCAAUUUAAUUCUACUUUUAACUCAAAUAUGCCACGUAAAACAAUUGUUUGAUGCACUGUCAAAAGAAAGGCUGUUUUAUAAUUAAAAAGUGUUUAAUUAUUUACAAAAGAUUCGAGUGACAUUUAUGCACAUGCAGGUAACUUUUAGAUGUAUGUAAGCAAGGUGAAUUUGACAAUUUAUGUGUACUCAUAAAAAGCCAUGUAUUUUCAACUAUAUUUCAAUUGAAUCUGUGACUAAAAUAUU